AUGGCGGGGGAUACGGAAGAGCUAUGGCCGGUCAGCGAUAUCGUCUACACUUCCAUCGUGGGGUUGGUGAUGCUUGCAGCCUUGCUUGAGUGGUUCCUCUGGAUUGCCGCUUUUCUAUACUGCCUAUGGAAGGUUUUUGUCAAGGCUGAGCACUGGACGGUGAGGGUGUUGGCCAUAUUCAUCGGGCUUGCAUUUACACUGUUGAGGCUUAUAUUCCUUCCUAUUAUGGUCGUGACACUACCGCUCCCAAGCGUCAUCGCCCGGGUUUGGCCUGAGUUUAUGGUCCAAUUCCUCCAGUGGUUUGCGUUUUGGAGUUUUGCCGGUCUGUUGACCAUCCCCUGGCUCUUCUGCAUCUACCAAAUCGUCACGCACCACCUUGGGCGAACAAAACGCAUCAAGCAGGUCCUCGACGAGGUGUCAGCCCCCAAGGUGGUCAUUGUUAUGCCGUGCUACAAGGAAGAGCCCGAAGUGCUCCUUACCGCCAUUAACUCGGUCGUCGACUGCGACUACCCGCCCUCUUGCAUCCACGUCUUUUUAUCGUUCGACGGCGAUCAGGAAGACGAGUUGUACCUAAACACCAUCGAAAAGGUCGGAGUCCCCCUGACGCUAGAGUCGUACCCGAAGAGUAUCGACGUAGCGUACCGGGGCGCGCGGAUCACAGUCUCGAGGUUCCCCCACGGCGGCAAGAGGCAUUGCCAGAAGAUGACGUUCAAACUGAUCGACAAGGUCUACCAUAACUACCUCCGCAGGAACGACAAUCUCUUCAUCUUGUUCAUCGAUUCGGACUGCAUCCUUGACCGGGUCUGCCUGCAGAACUUUGUCUAUGAUAUGGAGCUCAGCCCGGGCAAUCGCCGGGACAUGCUCGCCAUGACGGGCGUGAUCACGUCGACCACCCAGAAACACAGCCUCAUUACGCUCCUUCAGGAUAUGGAGUAUGUCCACGGCCAGCUGUUUGAGCGGACGGUUGAAUCGGGUUGCGGCGCGGUGACCUGCCUGCCGGGCGCGCUUACCAUGCUGCGCUUCUCGGCCUUCCGGCGCAUGGCCAAGUACUACUUUGCCGACAAAGCCGAGCAGUGCGAGGACCUGUUCGACUUUGCGAAGAGCCACUUGGGCGAGGACCGCUGGCUGACCCAUCUGUUCAUGAUUGGGGCCAAGAAGCGGUAUCAGAUCCAGAUGUGCACAUCGGCGUUCUGCAAGACCGAGGCUGUCCAGACGAUGCGCUCGCUCAUCAAGCAGCGUCGCCGGUGGUUCUUAGGGUUUAUCACGAACGAAGUGUGCAUGUUGACAGACUGGCGGUUGUGGAAGCGGUAUCCGGUCUUGGUGUUGGUCCGGUUCAUGCAAAACACCAUCCGAACUACCGCCCUACUCUUCUUCAUCAUGGUGAUGGCCCUGAUGACGACAUCCAAGGGCAUCAACGACCUACCCGUCGGCUUCAUCGCCAUCUCUCUGGGGCUUAACUGGCUGCUGAUGAUCUACUUUGGUACGAAGUUGCGCCGCUUCAAGAUAUGGCUAUACCCCAUGAUGUUUAUCCUCAACCCUUUCUUCAACUGGUACUACAUGGUCUACGGCAUCUUCACGGCCGGUCAGCGUACUUGGGGUGGCCCACGUGCGGAUGCCGCUGCGGCCGAUUCCACCACCACCGCACAAGAGGCCAUCGAAAAGGCCGAAGAAGCCGGCGAUGUCCUCAACAUCGUCCCGGAAUCUUUUAUCCCCGCCGCUCAGGAACGUGCUGAGCUCGAACUUGCCGCUGCCGAGGAUGACGACGAGGAAGGUGAUGACGCCGCUCAAGAGAAAACGCGCAAGAAGCGAAAGCGUACAAGGCCGGUACGCACCGACACUGCCGAUAGUACCGGUCACGACGCCUUCAGCUUCGGCUUUAGCGCUGGGACCAGUUCUGGCCCCGGUGUGCCCCUUUUUCCGCCCGACAAAAUUGACGGCCGUUUCGCUGCGCCUGAACGUACCGCUUCUGGCUGGUACCACCACCCCGACGCAGAAGAAUCCGUUUUCACCCUUCCGUCGCCCUACACGGAUCUCGAUGACAUCGAUAUGGGCGGUGGCAACAGCCUGCGCUCUCCCGUUACGGAUGCCAACACGCAAUUCAACCGGCGUACCUCGACCCCGCUCCACCACCAUCACCAGUUCCAAGGCGUCCAAGUUCAGCGCGACUCUUUUGACAGUUUCUAUCACACAUCAGCUCAUGAUAACAACAUCAACGGUAGCAACGUAUCGGUCUACAUGCCCCAUCGCGUCGAAAGCAUCAUGGGAGAAGAAGACCGCCGCAAGUAUGAGCUCGCCCAGGCUGGACAUAUCAGUAGUCUACUGGCCAUGCGGGAGAGCCGCACCUGGAGGGGCGUUCAGGGGACUCAACGGCCGCCGUUCCAAGGCCAGGGCGGGUAUGUAGUAGAGGUUGGGGAUGAAGGUGUAGGAGGGGGGAGUACAACCGAGCAGCAGUCCCUGCAGCAGCAGCAGCCGCAACACGGCCACCCAGGAUCGACAUCCGCCAUCGACCUCCUAGCGGGGAGCAGUGCAGGCGGACGGCCUUCUCUUGUCCCGCCGCCCCCGGCGGCCACGACUAUGAUGGGUGUCGCGGGGAGGAGUCCGUUGGGCAGGGCUAGCUGGACGAGGCCUGUGACGAGGGAUGAGGUGGAGGCGGAUAUUGAUGAUUCCCAUGGCUCCCAAGCGCAUAUGCAGGGCCAGGGGCAAAGAAGCGGUAGCGGUCAGUCUUCGCCGAGAAAGGGACCUUGA